CAUUAGUCACGAAGCAGAAACUUUAUUUUGUUCUAUUUUCAUGUUGAAAUUGCAAGAAAACGUUGGCAGUUUAACGACCCGGCGACACGAUGUCAAUGCUAAUUCGCACAUUUCAAUCAAAUGUUUCUUUAAAUGGAUCGACUGUUAACAACACAACGGAACAAGAUAAAAUAUACAAUAGGAUAACACUCGUCCCGUUAUUCAUGACGCUUUAUGGGAUUAUUUUCUUGGUGGCUUUUGGUGGCAAUUUAUUAGUUAUUUACGUUGUUUCGACCAAUCGCAAAAUGCAUGAAGUAACAAUUAAUUAUUUGUUAGUGAAUUUGGCCAUCGCUGACCUUAUUCAAACUUUAUCGAGUAUUUUUCACGUCGCUGAUUUCCUCGUCAAAGAUCUUAAUAUUGGUGAAGUUGGUUGCAAGUUUCAGAUUAAUAUGAACAACAUUCCUUAUGGGGCCUCUGUCCUUACUCUUGGUGUAAUAGCUUAUGAUAGAUACUGCGCUGUUUGCAAAUCUGUUUCAUUUGGUGACGGAAGACUUUACCUACUCGUAAUUCGCAAGCUUAGGCAACCCAUACCUGGAGAGGACGCUGGGACCACCAUAACUUACCAAUCACGGCAAGGCGUCGUUAAAAUGCUUUUGGUCACCAUUGCUUUGUUUUUUGUGUCGUGGACGCCGUACAACAUCUUGUAUUUUUUGAAGCGCAUCAAGUAUGAUUUUCGAAGCGUUUAUUCUGGGCAGAUACUAUGAAGAAACGAUCACUCCCAAAGAUUAAACAUAAUGUAGAGCAGAGUUUGUUCUGAUCAAUUUGCUGUUAACAUAAAGAGAUGAUCGGAUAGCAAAAUGUUUCUGGAAUAUGCUGCAGUACCAGUAUCAACACUAUUUUAUAGAGCACUAUGAAGACAAUUGGAAGAUGCUUUUGGAGGACACUAUUGAGUCUAACUGCAAAAUGCUAAGGCUGAAUACAAACAAAGGUAAAUAAUUUACAGACUUCCCUGUCCAACAGUUACUUCAACUUGGACUAAAUCUAUGGAUGGAGAUAAUGGCUUUCGUAAAGAUGUCUUGAAUGCUUUGAAAGGUCAAGAACCAAAGAAUAAUGACAAGGUUUUGUCAAGGUUUUGACAAUGUGUCAAGAUUUUGUCUUGAUGCUUGAUGAAAUGUCAUGUAAAAGCAGGGGGCGGAUCUAGGGUAUGUCAAAUCGGUCACGCAACUGAUGUUUAUAGUUCAAAAGUUAUUUAUCAAAUUUAAUGAUUACAUUUUUUGUAUUCAUUUUGUCGAUUUUUCGUUAAUUCCCAUGACAUUGAUAGCACAAAAGUAGCAAUCGGUUGCAUGAUUUGAAGGCUCUCGCCAAAUCAUGGGGAUGCCAAAGUUCAUGGACUUUCGCGUGCCCUUGCUCCAUUGACGGAGAUAUGCUCAGUGCAUGUUUUGUAAACCAUGUGAGGUGUCCAACUUUCGUCUUGAUCGCCGAGCUUCAUGCCAAAAUAUGCAUUGUAAACGCGCUUCGUAAAGGUGGUGACAGUAUUGCGAUUUGGUGCAAGUGUGUAUUCACCACCAACAUAGCAAAAAACAUUUGGCUUAUUUACACAUAUUCUUCGCGUCGCCAAUGUAUACCUGAAAAAAUAAAAAUUAAAUUUGUGUA